AUGGGUGCCACUGUGUCUGCAACCUUAUUCACUGUGGAAUUCAUAAUAGGGAAUGCUGGAAAUGGAUUCAUAGCAGUGGUGAACGUCAUGGACUGGGUCAAGAGAAGAAAGCUCUCCUCAGUGGAUCAAGUCCUUACUGCUUUGACAAUCUCCAGAAUUUUUCUUUUAUGGACAGUAUUCAUAAUUCUAUUAAUAUCUGAAGUGUAUACGGAUUUAGCAAUGACUUUAAAAGUGGUAAGCAUGGCUAAUAUCACUUGGACAGUGGCUAAUCAUUUUAGUAUGUGGCUAGCGACCAGUCUCAGCAUCCUUUAUCUUCUCAAAAUAGCAAAAUUUUCUAACUCUAUUUUUCUCUACCUAAAGUGGCGAGUUAACAAGGUAGUUUUAAUGACAUUGUUGAUUUCUCUGAUCCUCUUCCUUUUUAAUAUUUUAGUGAUGUACACACAUAUGGAUAUCCUGACUGAUGAAUUCAACAGAAACCUGUCUAACAGUUCUAGGUCAUGGAAUAUUGAACAGACUUCGAGGCUUCUUUACUUACUCGAGAUUCUAUUCACCUUCGUACCCUUUACUCUAUCUCUGAUAAACAUUUUUCUGUUGAUCUUCUCCCUGUGGAAACAUCUGAAAAGCAUGCAGCACUAUGCCAAAGAAUCUAAAGAUGUCAGUACCACGGCCCACAUCAAAGCCUUGCAAGCUGUGGUGGCCUUUCUUUUGCUAAACACCAUUUCUGUUCUGUCUCUUGUCAUACAACUUUGGAGUUAUGGCUUUCUAGAGAAAGAUAUUUUCAAUUUGCUUUUUUCAGCUAUUAUAAUUGCCUUUCCCUCAUUCCAUUCAUGUGUCCUAAUUCUGAGAAACAAUAAGCUUAGAAAGGUCUCUGUCUUGGUGCUGUGGUGGCUCAGGUGCAAGGUCAAACACUGUGGAACUCUUGGGUCCCUGACACACUUGGGGAAUAAUUUUGCAGUGUAA